GGAAGCUCCGCGGUCGGUGUCCGGCAUCGGCGGGCCUUUGACUAACGUCAAACCAGCAUACCCCGCCCAUCUUUUUGCGCCAUCAGUUGGGUCCAUGACAUUUUUUACCAGGAAAAUGUUUGGAACAAUCCCGGCGGGAAAAAGCUACGAGGUUAUUUGACAUUUCAAAACCCCGACCUAAUCGACUAUCAACACCAAGAUGCAGCCCGAAACCAAACCUCAGGAAACCAGCGCCGAUGUCCGUUCGGGCCCGGCGGCGCUGGAGGCGGCGUUUCCGCAACAUGCACUUUCUCUAUCGUCGCGGGCGAUGCACGCCGACGACUACAUCAACAACCACCGUGCCGUCGCCCCUCCGAUGCACGUCAGCACCACCUACCGCUACAACGACGACCCGGAUAAGCUCAAGUACUGGGGCAAUGUAGAUCCAAACGCUCCUUAUGACUCCCAUACAUACUCGCGCGAGACGGCACCAAACACGACCCGGCUCGAGGCUAUCCUCACAUCCCUCCUGGGAGGGCCAUCGCUGGCGUACGGCUCUGGUCUCGCAGCCUUCCACGCCAUGCUCACCAUGCUCAACCCGCGCCGCAUCGCCAUAGGGGAUGGUUACCAUGGCUGCCACGGAGUCAUCCGUCUGAUGAACCGGCUCACGGGUGUGGAGCAACUAACCUUCGCUCCCGAGGACCUGGACAAGCUCCAGGCCGGCGACGUGCUGCACAUCGAGACCCCGCUGAACCCCACUGGCGAGGCCCGUGACCUGGAGCACUACGCCUCCAUCGCCAAGGCCAAGGGUGUAAUCUUGACGGUCGACGCGACAUUUGCCCCGCCGCCUCUGCUGGAACCGUUCGCUUUUGGCGCUGAUAUAGUCAUGCACAGCGGAACCAAGUACUUUGGCGGCCACUCGGACAUGCUCUGCGGCGUGCUCUCCGUCAGCCCCCAGCGCAAGUCCGAAGGCUGGUUCGAGAAGCUCUUCGAGGACCGCCUCUUUCUCGGGUCCGUCAUGGGGAGCAUGGAGGGCUGGUUGGGCGUGCGGAGUCUGAGGACGUUGGAGCUUCGCGUCGAGCGGCAGAGCAGAACCGCGGAUGGGCUUGUUGCUUGGCUGGCCUCGGUGACUGGGCAGGAUCCGGCCUCACCCCUGGGUGGCCUGUUGAGAAGAGUGCAGCACGCAAGCCUUCAGCCCGAGGCCGCAGACCCAAAUUCGUGGCUGCGAAAGCAGAUGCCUCGUGGCUUUGGGCCCGUCUUUUCCAUCUACCUCGACAGCGAAGAUCACGCCAAGAGGCUUCCCAGCAAGCUGCACCUGUUCCACCAUGCCACAAGUCUGGGUGGUGUCGAAUCACUAAUUGAGUGGCGCGCCAUGACAGACCCGAAUAUCGACAAGGCUCUGCUGAGAGUCAGCAUCGGUAUCGAGGCGCUGGAGGAUCUCAAGGCUGAUUUUCUUCAAGGAUUCCGCGCUCUCAUAGAUGAGGACAAGGCCAGAAGUUGAGGGAUAAAAAAUAAGUGAUAGUUCCCCAGAUGCUAUGGGGACGUGGAGAAACUGUAGACAUGCAUAGACCUGCUAAAACAUUUCGCAGUCUGCCUUGACAGGCAUGUAAUGUCGCGAUCUCCAGCGAGGACGACCGGCCCAUUCAUUACCAAGGGGAAUCUUGGAAAUUACAUGUUUAGUUAGCACUGUGCUUGGUAUCACGAGUUCGAGAGCUAUACAACUGCCUUGCAAAAGAACCAUGAAAUAUAAAAAAGGGAACAAUUGAGAUGAAUGAAUUAAGUAGAAACUAUGCAAUAUACUUUUCGAAA